AGAGAUUUGAGUUCAUUUAAGAAAUCUAAGUUUUUGGUGAUAUUUAAUUAAUCUUGUCUUCACUGCAGACUGAAAGUACUGCCAAAGUGAUGCAAUGAGGUGUGAGAGUCCUGGGAGCCGUUUAGCCCGCUUAGUGGAUUUUUUGGAACAGGAAGAAGUAGAGCCUGAUAUACAUGGGAAAUUACAGGAGUUACAGCACAGGCAAGGCCUUCUUCUUCAGGAGUUGGGCUUCAUUGACCAAACAGACAACAUAAAGGAUUCGCUGCCUUACAAGGACCGUGACUUGGAAGACUUCUUUUCUGCAAGCCACAUGUAUAACCAGUAUCUUGGACAACCUACAGUGGUCCAGAGGUGAGUCUGGAAAUUGACCUACCCCCACCUCGAAAUGGGUGCCAAAUUCUUCAACGUACAGUUUGGAGCUGAUUCAUAUUGUAGUGAAUUGAAAACAGAACUGCAAAAUUAGGAGAGGAAGGAGGGGGGGUACCAACUAAUGUGUAGUCACCACCUGGCUGUUUAAACCCAAAAGGUUUUAAUUCUGUUUUCAGUUUCCUACAGUAUGAUGGAUAUCAUAUAUUUUUCAUACACCAUCUUUCAUGUUAAUAUCUGUUUUUUGUUACCUUUUUCUAAGAGAUGAUUUUCUGGCUGUCUCUGAGCACAAUACACAAUGAUUAUGUUCUAUUUACAUUAAGGAGUUUUGAGAAUAUGAUUUUGUAAUAUGGUGUUUCCCGUUUAUCAGAGGCUGCCUAAUUCGCUGAAUGCUUUUUUUUGUUUUCCUGAAAACAAGGCUACACUAUAAUUGAAAACUCUUUUGUGUAGUAUUUUUGUGGGAAACUGAUUAACAUGAUUUCUUACAGUACCCAGCAAAGGUCAAAAUCAGUCAGAAUGCACCAUGACUCUCCCAUCACUGUACCUCAACCCUUUCGCAUGAGUCUGAGAAAUACACAACGAAAAGGCAAAGAGAAAGUUCUAGAUCUUUUGGAUACGGUGGAACUCCAGAACCAGGAGGAUCCUGAAUGUUUAAAGCAGUUCCGUGCUGGGCCAGUCCCAGCACGUGUUCUUUUGCCGUUAUACAGUGACUUGGUGGAGGAACAAGAGGCAAAGAGAAAUUCUGCCAUCGAAAAAAGGAAAGAGUUUCUUUUGGCCACACAAAAACCUUUUCAGUUCGUUUCAAAGGAAGAAGAGAAAAGAAAGCAAGCAAUGGAAAGGCAAGUGCCAGCUCCAUCCCAUAAAGUACAACACAUCAAGAGAACUAUCCCUAAAAGUGUCUUAGAUCCUAGUGUCAGUGAGAAACUAAAAGGUAAGACAUAUUGUGUAUCUUUGUUAUAAUGUGACCGUGUACAGGCAAACUGCAAUAAAAACACAGGUCACAGAAUACGAGUGUACCAACAUUGUUGACUAAUUCACUGUUCCUCCAUAGUACUUAGCAUGUAACUCUUGGUCCAGAUAACAGCUCCUAAAAGAGGGAAUUCUUGGAUACUCUAAUGAGACUCCAGGUGGAGCUAAUGAACAGAGUGAUAGGGCUUAUUGAGGGCAGACUUAAAUUUGGGAGUAAAUCUGGUACUGGAGAGCCAGGGAUGAGUAGAAGGUGAGCUCAGUGACCUAAUAUGACUAAAGAAGUACAAUUUUGUAAAGGGACACUGUAGGCAGUGUAACUGCUUCAUCUCAUUGAAGAGGUUAUAGUAUCUGCAAUCCCCUGGUGCUGUCCUUCUGUUCAGUGUUAAACUGUUUUUAAUGUUUUGUUGCUAAAUGAGCAUCUCCGGCAGACCAUCCCCUCUGUGCUGCUUGGACUAUGGAUGAAGCAUUAGCCUGAGCACCAAUGGUUGUCUGUGAUUGGCUGAGCGUAUCAGCUGACUGCUUUUCACCUAUCACAGUGCCCAAUGUUGGUAUGAAUUGGUAUGGCUAGUAGGAAGUGUGGAAUCCCUCUGUGAGACAUACCUCCAAUAGGGGUCAGACUCUGGGUGUCCAGUGAUCCUUAUUUAGUGUUAAACUGCUUGAAAAUGGCUUAAUACUUGACAGCGCCAGGGGACCCCAGGCACCAUGACCAGUUCAAUAAGAUGAAAUGGUUAUUGUGCCUACAGUGCCCCUUUAAUACAUUUAACCCCAAUACCAGUUUACUGCUAGUGAUUGGCUUUGGGAUUUCUAGCAGACCCUGUGAAACAGGACUGAUUGCAGUUUACUAUCUCAUCAAUCCAGUUAGAAUCUGUAAACUUGUAUUGCUGACCCUAUAGUGUUAAAACACUCUCUGCAAGCCCUUGUCUCCCUAAGCAUAGUAAAAUCUUACUUGUAUUACUGUCUGCUGGUGCUGGCUCUGCCACUGAUCUACCGCUUUGACUAACAUCAUCAGAAGUGAUGAUGCUUUCUCAUUGAACUGUCUGUUAUUACCAAGGGGGUGGGGCAGGGGGCAGAGUCAAACGCCACCCUGGCCAGUCAGCAUCACUAUGAGGAAAGUUCUGUGUCUCCAUGCAGAAGGUGGAGACACUGAAUGUGUGCAGCACUGCCGCAGGAAGCACCUCUAGUAGCCAUCUGAGGAGUGGCCACUGGAGGUGCCCCUGGGUUGUAAUGUAAACACUGCCUUUUCUCUGAAACAACAGUGUUUACUUCCAAAGGCCUGCAGGGAUUGACUAUACUUAACGGAACAAAUACAAUAAGCUGUAGUUGUUCUGGUGACUAUAGUGUCUCUUUAACGUAAUCUGUUGCAGAAACAUGUGCAGUCUCUCACUACUAGAUGACAGUAAAUAACCACAAUGACAUACAAUUUAAGGAAUACAAAGAUGUAACCCCUGAUGUUUGUGAACUACAUAUCCCAUGAUGCUUAAGGUUACAUAGGCUAGUUAAUAUCAUUGGACACGUUGCUUCCAAACUGGAUUGUUAUCACAAACUCUUGUUUCUCUUUCCUUAAUGUAAUAUCUGCCAUAACCAGAGGCUGAGCUGGUCAGGAAAAUUAAAAGUCAAAUGAGGGCCAAAGAUAUGUUGGAGAAGUCUUCUGCCCCUAUUGCUCUGAGCAGAAGUGUGAGGGAUCCAGGUUCCAGUAUCUCCUUAAAAACCCAGCAAGAAUGCCUGGCGUACUUGGAGCAGAACCUGACCUUCCAACCUCACAUAAACCCAUCAGUACCGGACUUCCAACAGCUAUAUAGGAAGUUCCAGAAGGAAGCACUGAGCAAUUAUAAAGAGAGAGGACCCACUCGGAAUAAACCUUUCACCCUGCGUACCUCAACCCUGAGAGUGAGAAAAAAACACAUCCUAGAAGAUGUAGAGGUGAGUUACGGGAAGCUAUGUUAAAGUAAAGGGGACCUUCUAUUGAAAUGACUCCAUAGGAAUAAAAUGCUCUGUUUUAUUUUUAGUAAGUAUAUAGUAACAGUUUAGCCUUUGACGUCACAAUCCAUCUCAGUCAGUACUGGUAGCCAGGGCACAUAUUGAAUUAGAGUGGGAAACCCUGAGACAUUCAGAUACCAGAUACUAAAUUUAAUAAAGUUUUUUUGGCAUUAGUUCUGAUGCUGGAUGCUACCUUACCGUGCCAUCUUAUUACUAACAGGCUCCGUGGCAUCAGUCUGCCAUCAAUCUACACGUAUGUUCUGGCUGCACAGGAUUGAUACCUAUAAACUCACAUGCCUGUACACUUUGCCCUAUUGUGAUUAUUCAGUAUUCCUUAUUCUGUGUCCUUCGGUAUCUGACCCAUCUUGUCUUUAUUAUUCUGUCUUCUGGCUCCCCUUGAUUCACAUUGGCCUAUGGUUUGUGUGAUUCCUGUAUUGUCUGACCUUGGAUGCUUUCUGUCUGUUCUCUUACAGUUUUGUCUAUCUAUAAGAUUAGCUUUAGGAAUGGCUACUUUAAGAUCAGGUAAUACCCAACUAUACUGCUUUUCUACUUCUAUAGGGUAGCUGUAGAUUCAGUCUCUGCUGGGUUGAUUUCUGUAUCUUGACAGUCGUUUGAACAGGAAGGAUUACGUUUGUUAAAUGUUGGUAUAGUGGUUUUUCCAUGCUUACACUACACUCAUGUAUAUUCUGUUUAUUUAGGAUAUUCACAGUAAAUCCAAGACACCCAGUACCUAUCUCCACGGCCUGGCAUGCUUGUCUCUGAAUACGCUUCCGGUGUAUAUAACAGACAGUACCAAGAAAAGAGAGUCCGCUAUCAGGUGUGAUACUGGAAAGCAGACAGUCUGUAGUGUUUGGUCUGUUUUUUUGGGUUAUUAACAAGAAACAGGCAAAUAGCCAUCAAUGGCAGAUUGGCAGCUGGAUCGCAGGGCAGCCUGUGCAUGCUCAAUUGCAGGGCCCUCUGGGACUCUGUGUUAAUUUUGGCGGUAAAUUUCAGUUUAGUUUUAGUCUUUUGACUAAAAAGCCAUUUUAGUCGUAAUUUAGUCAUCUGAAUUUUUUUAGUCUAGUUUUAGUUGACUACAUCUCCAGUAAAUUUAAUUAACACGACUAAAAUCUAAUAAGUUUACUUAACCCCUUAAGGACACAUGACAUGUGUGACAUGUCAUGAUUCCCUUUUAUUCCAGAAGUUUGGUCCUUAAGGGGUUAAAGCCCCUACCUGUCCCUUUUGCUCCUUCCCCAGCCCCUCUGUGUCCUCCCAGCUCUUCUAGGUCUCUCUCUUCCAAGCCCUGCAAUGUCUCUUUUGCCCCUUCCACAGGCUCUCUGUGUAUAUUUUUGUCCCCCCAAGCACCGCAAUGUCUCUUUUGCCCUUUCCACAGGCUCUCUGUGUAUAUUUUUGUCUCCCCAAGCCCCGCAAUGUCUCUUUUGCCCGGUUCCUCUGUGGAUCUUUGCCAUUUCCCCCUUUCAGCCACAAUGUGUGUCUCAUUCUCCCAGCCCCCCAUGUGUUUUAUUUCCUCUUCUUCCACCUCUAAAUUUCAAUUUAGUUUUAAUCAUAGUCUUUUGACUCAAAAGCCAUUUUAGUUUUAGUCGUAUUUUAGUCAACUGAAUUAUUAAAAUUUUUAUCGACUAAAUCUCAAAAAUCUAAAUCAACUAAACCUGUUAGUUGACAAAAUUAAGAUUGCUGGAACUCAUUGCUAAUAUUUCAUGAAUAAACGUAAUAUAUGCUGCACUGUCUCUGUAUACAUUGCUUGUAUACAGUGAUAUAAUGAACUAUGUAUCUGUGCCUCCCAGCUGGGUGACUUGGUCUUACUUGGGGAACCUCUGCCUCAUGAUUACAUGGUACUACCACAUAGUGCACACAAAUCCACAAUGCACAAUUAAUCAGUGCAGCCCACUGACACGUUAUUUUAUUGUGUAGUAACAGUCUGUGGCAGGUAGGUAAAUAUAACAUGCAUUCAUAUAUCCCUGUACUGAGCUGUGUUAGCAUUUCCCAGGUUAAUUUGCCUUGAACUGCCACCAGCAUGAACUCUUCGACUUCCUCCCUCAAAUUGUUCCACUCCGUCUCCUGCUUUAACAAUAUUUCCAGCUGUAAUUGGGAGAAAAGGAAAAAAACUACAAAUGAAGUUAUUGGGCAUUUUAUAUGUUCGGCUAAUUAGUUUUAGGCCAGCAAUAUCAUAGUAUAGAUGUUUGUAUAUCACAUAGGCCAUAAAGAGAGCAAUAUAUUUUACAGAUCAUCUCUGGAAGAAAAAGCCAAACAGGAGACAGAGAAAACAGAAAGAAUGAAGAAAAAAGAGACACAAGCAAUGUGGAAGUCAAUAUCUAGCAGGGCAAAAGCAUUGGAUCCUCACCAGCCCCUGGCAGAUACCAACGUGGAGAGGCGUAAGCAUAUCAGGUGUGUUGUCUUGGAUGGUCUGACCAGGAACGUUAGUGAUUUAGGUGAAAGUCAUGUUUGGCACCAGAUCCCACUAAGAAAUAUGGGAGCACUGUAUAUUUUUUUUUCCAUUUUCAAAAAGUAAUAACGUCCCAAUAUGUCUCUUAUUCAUUACUAGAGGUUUGAAUGCUAGAUACUGACCUAUUAGCUGGGUAUUCAUUAAGAAAUCUAUAAGAUGCGAUCCUUGCAUUUCUCUCUGUGUGGGUUUAGGCACUCUGACAUGAAGAGGAUGAAGGAAUAUAAGGAGGAACUGGAAGACAUGAAAGCUCGAGUGAAAGCAAGACCGUACCUUUUUGAACAUGUAACAAAGGUAAACAAUCAAAUAGGCAAAGCAAGCAGGAGGAUACCUGAGAUUGUCAUUGCAUUAUUCACAGGAUGUAUGAAUAACAAGGGGCCGAUGGAUCCAAACAGAACAGCUUUGUGUUAAAGGGACACGCCAGGCACACAGACCACUUGUGCCCAUUGGAGUGGUCUGGGUGCCAACUCCCACUACCCUUAACCCUGUAACUGUAAUUAUUGCAGUUUUCAUAAACUGCAAUAAUUACCUUGCAGGGUUAAGUCCUCUCCUAGUGGCUGUCUACUAGAAGGCCACUAGAGGGCACUUCCUUGUCUAUAGCACAGGUUUUCGGUACUAUAGCGUCGCUGGACGUCCUGACGCUAUGUGAGGACCUCCAGCAUCGCUGAAAUCCCCAUAGGAAAGCAUUGCAAGCAUUUUUCAAUGCUUUCCUAUGGGGAGGUCUAAUGCGGUUUGUUUUCCUGGCACUGGAGAGUCCCUUUAAAUAAAGAGACCCUUUCUUCCAUACCUAAAACAAGGAUUAUUAAUCUGUUGUGGCCAAGUCACACUGCAUCUUAUUUUAAGAAAGCAAGCAUCGCAUUAGAUGCGGCAGCGGAUUUAAAGGGACUCUCCAGUGCCAGGAAAACAAUCAGUUUUUCUGGCACUGCAGGUCCCCUCUCCCACCCACCCCCGGUUGCUGAAGGGGUGAAAACACCUUCAGUCACUUACCAAAGGCAGCAACUAUGUCCCUCGUUGCUGCUUCUUCCUCCGCCGCCGCUCCUCCCCUUCAUCACGCCUGCCGGCUGGGAAGACCUAAUGCACAUGCGCGGCAAUGCCGCGCACGCGCAUUAGACCUCUCCAUAGGAAAGCAUUGAAAAAGCUUUUAAAUGCUUUCCUAUGGGGAUUUUAGCGACGCUGGAGGUCCUCACAUAGUGUGAGGACAUCCAGCGACGCUCUAGCACAACCUGUGCUAGAAUCCCGGAAGUGCCCUCUAGUGGCUGUCUAGUAGACAGCCACUAGAGGAAGAGUUAAUCCUGCAAGGUAAUUAUUACAGUUUAUUAAAAAAAAAAAACUGCAAUAAUUACAGUUGCAGGGUUAAGGGUAGUGAGAGUUGGCACCCAGACCACUCCAAUGAGCAGAAGUGGUCUAUGUGCCUGGAGUGUCCCUUUAAUGCUGCAUUUUACCCAAUUGGUAUUCUGUUUCCUCCUAGGGAAAUGCUGUUAAAGAAGCUGAUCGCAGGUUUACCAGGACUCUCCAGCAGGCUGGGUUAACAGAGGAGUUUGUGCAGCAUCAGGGAAAAGGAAUUAACAGAAAGGAGAACCAGGAGGAAGAGAAGGAAGCCUGGGAAGAAGAUUAGUGUCUGCCAGUAUCACGUUUAAUGUACGUGACAGUGCAGGUAUGGAGUGCAACAGGCUCCUUUAAGGUCUGCUUGAAUAUGAUACAUGCUAUCACACCACAUAAACGGAGUACAGUGGGUAAUGUUCCCUUUAAAUCAGGAUUUCAAUCAAUGCAAAAAUCUUUAAUAAGAUCCUAAACCAAUGAUAUUACCUUAAUGUGUAUACACAAGCGCGUUGUAUAUUCCACUCUGCAGGACGGUACACAACACCAUGAAAAGAUUUCUAAUAUACAAUUCAUAACACUAGUCCCACAUGGAUAUUAGUCCUGCGUAUUUUAUACGUGCUGAAACAUGUUUUCACAUUCUGAAGAGCAGAUUAUUGAGAUUAGACACUUUGUAUGUAACAGAAUUUAGAAGAUUGUUAGCUUUCAUUCAGCACAAAUAGCUUUCCUGGGUGAUUGUGAUCGUGAUCUAAUGUCCAUUAACUCACUGUGUGUGGUUUCCCCCUUUGUGCUAUUUUAGGGCAUUUUCCAGCCAGUGUUUGCUGCUAGUCUCGUGUUCUCAGUCUUUCAAAUCGUUUUGUAAUAAAUAUUAUGUAUAAUUUCACCAUUUAUUUUCUGUCUCACAGUUUCUCUAAAUGUGUGCAUUCUGUCUGUAGGUUCUUACAGCCAGGACAGUAAAUCAGUUUAGAGAAAACAUGUUUUCAAUAGUUUUUUUCCGUUUCUAUUAGGGACAAUUAACCUGGUAACUAUAGGAUUAAAGUGACGUAAUAGUCACUUUCCAGGAUCUAUAUGGUAGGUUAAUGGAGGCGGCAUUUCUGGAAGUUAAAUUUGUGAUAUAUAUUGAAUAGUGACAGUGAUUGAAAGAUUGGAG